AUGGAACUUACAAUGGAUAACAUUGGAAAUCUUCACGGGGUGUCACACUCCCAUCAAUCGGGGGACUUGAUGAACUCUCCGCACGCGCGGCAGUCGGCGACACACCGGAACUUGGUAUCGUCGCACGGGAGAUCGGCGAUGGUCUCCAGCAUGGCCUCAAUACUGGACGGGGCCGGGGAGUAUCGCACGGACCAUUCGUUGACCGGUCCUCUCCAUCCUGCCAUGACCAUGUCUUGCGAUUCGAGCAUGAGUCUGAGCAGCACUUACACCACGCUGACACCGCUGCAGCACCACCUGCCUCCCAUAUCCAACGUCUCAGAGAAAUUUCACCAUCACCCGCACGCUCACCAUCACCCCGCGCACCAGCGUCUCGCCCCCGGGAACGUCAGCGGCAGCUUCACACUGAUGCGGGAUGACCGGGGCCUGGCGUCCAUGGGCAACCUUUACGGUCACUACUCCAAAGACCUGUCCGGGAUGGGACAGUCUUUAUCACCUCUCUCCAACGGCCUGGGGUCUUUGCACAACUCUCAACAGACUUUGGGCACUUAUGGUCCCGGUGCGCACCUGGGGAACGACAAGAUGAUUUCAACGGGAGGAUUCGAAUCUCACGCUGCGAUGCUUGGCAGGGGCGAGGAGCACCUGACGCGGGGUUUAGGGGGACACGGGCAUGGUAUCAUGUCUUCUCUCAACGGUCUCCACCACCACAGCCACUCGCACUCUCAGGCGAACGGGUCGGUGCUCUCGGAGCGUGACAGGCAGACAGCAGGAGGCGCUGGACAGGGAGGUGGGUCAGGACAGGUGGAGGAGAUCAACACCAAAGAGGUUGCUCAGCGAAUAACGGCGGAGUUAAAAAGAUACAGCAUUCCACAAGCAAUCUUUGCUCAGAGGAUCUUGUGUCGCUCGCAAGGAACUCUCUCUGAUCUUCUGCGGAAUCCCAAACCCUGGAGUAAACUAAAGUCGGGUCGAGAGACUUUCAGGAGGAUGUGGAAAUGGCUACAGGAACCAGAGUUCCAGCGCAUGUCGGCCCUUAGGCUCGCAGCCUGCAAGCGUAAGGAACAGGAGCAGCACAAAGAACGGAAUCUGGCCCCCAAGAAGCAGCGCCUGGUCUUCACGGACCUGCAGCGUCGCACGCUCAUCGCCAUUUUCAAGGAGAACAAACGGCCCUCGAAGGAAAUGCAGAUGACCAUUUCGCAGCAGCUUGGCCUGGAACUCAACACAGUCAGCAACUUCUUCAUGAACGCCCGGCGCCGCUGCGUCGACCGCUGGCACGAGGAACACCAUCACGGACACGGAGCCAGUCCGGGUCAGCCGGGCACCUCCGCCACCACCUUCUCCAAGGCUUAA